AUGAAAAACAGAUUAACCAGAAAAAACAAGAAACUCACAACGAUUGAAGAAGGAACAGAAGAGGAACCUUCGAGCGGCUUGGCCAAAAUGGUGGUCAUUGCGCUGGUCGUUGUCUUUUUGGGUCUGUUCAGUCAAGGAAUAUUGGCCGAGAAUACCGUCCCCGACGUCAACAAGACUGGUGCUGGGAACAUACGGGUGGUGGACCAUCAUUCGUCUCAUCAUGCGGAUCAUCAAGAAUUUUCAAUCUACUUUGACAAGCUUCGAGAGGCUCAGACUCAGUGGAUUGAAAGUUUGCUCUAUCAAGACUAUGGACAAGAAGCAUUUGAAAAGAUAUUCUUGGACGACGACACUUUGUCUUCCACAGUAUCCACCAACAAGGCAUUUCUCAAAUUGAAGAGCUUUCAAUCGGUUUCUUCUUCUUCUACUACUGAAGGCCAAGACGUUGACAUUUCCACCCAACGCUUGCGACGGAAACUCAAAAUCAAACUCUUGCAACACCAAUUGUACAAAAAUGCUACCCUGGUGUGGGUCACGGGGGGUCACUCGGCCGCCGCCGGACAUGGCAAUUUGUUCAACGAAUCCUACACGGCCUUUUUGGAACGGGAUUUGUCCCGCAUCGCCAAAUCGAUUGGAUUGCCCUUGGAGGUCCGCAACUUUGCCAUGGGCGGAUCGGGAAGUGGCCCCGAACUGGGAUUGUGCGUCGAACAAAUCUAUGGAAGGGAUGUGGAUUUGCUCAGCUGGGAUUUUGGCAUGACGGACGUGUACAGUCCGGUUCGGCUCUUGCUGUAUGCGAUUCGAGGCAAUUUGUUGCCUCAUCAUCCGGCCAUCUUUGCACUCCAUGCGGAAGGAGAACAUCGAGUGGAUUUACUAAAACAAUUUGAGGAAAUGUCAGCGUCGGCAUUUUAUUUGCCCGAAGAUACCCGCAAACAACAAUUCGAAGGGAUACCCGAGGUCAACAUGGACAAUUUCAAGGAGAUGCAAGAUUUGCCUCCCAUGAUCAACUCCUUCAAAUGUACCGAGGGAAUUGAAAAGGGAGAUCUUGGCUGUGACGAUGCCAAGUAUUCCAAGGGGUUAUGUGACAGUCGCGCAGGAAAGGCCAGUUGGCAUCCAGGAUUCAAAAUGCAUGCACUGGACGGCCACACCAUUGCUCUAUUUGUCGUGCAAGAACUGAUCCAUGCGGCGGAAGAAUUGGCGGUACAAUUGGAAGCUCAUGAUUCGCAUUCGGCAAGUGAUGAAAGUGUAGAAGGAACAACCAAUGAAACUGAAACGGAACCCACCACGGAGACGGAGCAUCACGAGUCGGUAGUACUAGAACCAAUGGAUCUAUUGAACAUUUUAAUGGCCAAGGAACAAGAAGAUUUUGAAACCUUUCGAAAUGCCGAAUUGCCAGAACUAGCGUAUAAGGUUCAUGAAUGGCACAAGUGCGGCAAGCAAUUUUCGGAAGAAGAACAAGAAUUGGAAAAGGAAUGUGCCUCGGAUGCGGAUUUUGAUGCGUCCAUUGUCAAAACCUUUUCCAAAGGACCUGGCAUUUGUCAUACCGCACGAUUGCCAUCCGAGACUAGGUACAAGGGAUACCUUACAAAUGAUACCACCAAGGUUGGUGGUCCUGUACCAGCAGGAAAGGAAACCUAUGAUACGGGGCUCUCCAUGGAUGUGAAUAACAUUCAAUUUGAUGGGACACUCAAGUUGGUCUACAAGCCAGACCAACGAGCCAAAGAUUGCUCUGUGACUGUGAGUCCGGAUUACAAGGACUUCUUUUUUGCACACCAAAAGGACGAUUGGGCCAAAAUUGUGAUUCCUAAUCAAGCGGAAAAGGUAGCCUAUGACUACAAGGCAUCUGAGUUUAAGGGAUUGAUUGGGAUUGCAUUUUUGACUUGCCCAUGGAAUCGUUGUCCCGAGGGCUUUCUUGGGACGAAGCGAGACUUUGAUCAAGGCAAGUUUGAAAUCACAGUGAACGGAGUAGCAGUAACAUCCUUGAUGCUCUUUCAUGAUCUCGGAACCUACUUUCUCAAGGGUUCCGAUGGCUUUCAGUGGAAGUAUCGAGAGGGUUCGGAGGAUUAUGAGAUUGCCAUUCGAAUACUGGAAGAAGGAAGUCACGUCGAGGUAUCAUCAUUCAUAUUAUACUAA